UUCGACUCAAUCGAAAGCUUAUUUUAAUAGAAUCGAGAGAGCGGAGAGAAACCCAGAAGAAGAAAUUUGCAGAGGAGAUGAAGAUGACAUGGAAGAAGAACCCUAACGACAGUAAAAAAAGCAACAGCAGAAAACGACCCAUCUCUUUAAACCCUAAUCUUCCUUUUGAAGAUGUCAAUUCCACUUCCGAUUCAGCGGAGCCGCCGAGGGAAGGUGAAUUAAUUGGAAACGACGACGUAUCUAACAACAAAACCUCGCGCUCCGACGAGGAAGAUGACAAAAGGAAGAAUCUUGCUCUAUAUUUCGAAUCCCAAGGGAAUAAACUAGCUGAGGAAGGAAAAUACCGACAAGCGCUUGGAAAGUGGGAGUCUGCGAUUACUUUGAUGCCCUCGAAAGCUGUUUUACACGAACAAAAAGCUCAGGUUUUGCUCGAACUUGGAGAAGCAUGGACUGCUUUGAAAGCUGCAACUCGAGCUACGGAACUGGAACCGAAAUGGGGUGAGGCGUGGAUCACUCUUGGAAGAGCCCAAUUAAACUAUGGAGAACCUGAUUGUGCCAUUGAAAGUUUCGAUAAAGCGUUGGCCAUUAAGCCCGAUUGUACGGAGGCAAAAGAUGAUAGGCAGACAGCAUUGCAUUUAGUGAAGAGGCGAAAACAGCUUCAUUCGACAGGUUUGAGUUCAACUGAAAGUCGUUUUCUUAUUGGAGAUCAAGGCUAAUCUAAAUCCUCUUGAAGAGUACUGUUUGCCACAACGACUUGUGAUAAAAUCAUCUAUGGUUUUCAAUUUCAUAUCGAUAGAGUCUCGUGUUCAUCGUAUAAGGAUGAAUUUGCUCCCGUUUUUUGAAUUAGAAGUCGUGUUGAAAUGAAAAUAUGUUUGUUGUACUUGUAGGAAUGCAAUGAAAAUUUAUAAGGCUUAGAUUGAAAAUAAGUUCAGUUAA